AUGACGACACCCAAGAAGUCAUCGUUCUCUUCGAAUUGUCGGACAAAAGAGUUGAGCAAAAUGACCGAUUUGGGAAAAUUAUACAAAAAGGUGGAACGACUCAGCAAACGAAUAUUUCACGGAGAGAAAAGUCAGUCAACUUUUGUUCCAUCGGCUCAACAACAACAAAAACAACAAAACUCUGCACAAAGUACAAGUUCAAGUAGCAACGAUCCACAAAUGCCGCAUCAACCAGUCCUAAUCAAUCCACCGUAUCCAGUACCAGUACAUUCAGGUUUCGGAACAGGAUAUCCACAGUUCCCAUAUCCCCAACAACAGCAACAACCAUAUUAUCCACCUUCAUACGGCUGGGCUUUGAAUGCUGCAGUUCCCGACACUUCGAAUUCUCAACCUGUCGCACCUCCAACUUCAAAUUUUGGCUCUCUCUCUUUAGAUGUUGGCGUCAAUAACGAAACGGCUGGUAAUGGAUACGAUAAUUUGGCAGUACACCACGACGAGAAUGAUUUUAAUAAUGAACCCAACUACUUGAGGCCUGAUCCCAAUUCCAUCAUCGAACUAAGAAAAGCUCAAUCUGACAAAUUAGAGUAUGUAAAACAGCGGGUGAUCAAUGAGGUCACAACAAUGAAUUUUAUAGUCAACGACGUGACUGAACUGGAAAAAUGGUAUGAUGCAAAAUAUCCGUACACGUUGGUUCAAGAGGACGCUAUCACUACUAAAGAAUUAGAAGAGAAAGUGCGGAAAUUAGAAGAAAGACUGAGGAGACUACGAGCAAAAAGCUCUAGUGGAGCAGGAGCACCGCCGCCAAGACCACCGCCACCACGAUCAGUGAGUCAAGAGAGCAGUACGGGUCCAUGGAUUUGUGAUCGUUGUCAGAAAGAAAAUCCUUCAUCAUCAUAUCGUUGUAAAAAGUGUCAUUUGCCCAGUCGUCGAUUUGAUCCAUCGGAAAUUGACUUUUGUGGUUGUGAGUACUGUUCACCAGGAAAUUCCGUUUGA